AUGAAGAGUGAAAAUUGGAGAAAACGAUUUAAUCUGAUUCUAUGUUCAUCACUAUACGUGAUUUUACAUUUGUGCUUCUUGCCUUCAUCAAGCUCAUUGCAAACCAAGACCAUCAACUCUACAAGGGGUCCGGAGCUAGUAAGUUCCUCAUCAACACUUAGAAUCAGACAAACAACUCAAAGACAUCGAAAGGUGGUGAUCCUAGACAAUGGUCUUGUACAACUCACCUUUUCAAAUCCACAUGGUGAUGUAAUUGGAAUAAGAUACAAUAAUAUCAAAAAUCUGCUUGAAAAUGGUAAUAAAUAUGGUAAUAGAGGGUAUUGGGACAUUCAGUGGGGUGAAGGCACAACCAGCAGCUCAGCUAAUAAUUAUGAGCGUUUAGUAGGAACACGAUUUGAGAUUAUAACAGCAAAUGAUGAUCAGAUAGAAAUUUCUUUUACUAAAAGAUGGAACGAUUCAUCAAAGGUGCUUCCCAUUAAUCUUGACAAACGGUAUAUUAUGCUACGUGAUUAUCCAGGGUUCUAUACAUAUGGAAUACUUGAGCACCCUAAAGAUGCACCAGCUAUACAAAUUGGUGUUAUUAGGGCUUCUUUCAAGCUUAAAGAAAACAAGUUUAAUUAUAUGGCAAUAUCCGACGAUCGACAAAGGAUUAUGCCAUCAGCCUUAGAUCGUAAAAAAGGUCAAAAACUUGCUUACCCUGAAGCUGUACUAUUGACUAAUCCAUCCAACCCUAACCUUAAAGGAGAGGUUGAUGAUAAAUAUCAAUAUUCAAGUGAUCAUAAAGAGAUUAGGGUUCACGGUUGGAUUAGUUCAAAUCCAUCUAUAGGUUUUUGGAUAAUCACACCUAGUCAUGAGUUUCUCACAGCUGGACCUACAAAGCAAGAGCUCACAUCCCAUGUCGGUCCUACAUCCCUCUCUGUCUUCAUGAGUUGUCACUAUGUUGGAAAGCAUCUAAUAAUAAAACUUGAGAAAGGAGAAGAAUGGAAAAAAGUUUUUGGCCCCAUCCCAAUUUUUCUUAAUUCAGUCUCAAGCAAUCCUAAUCCUCAUUCGGUAUUAUGGGAAAAUGCAAAAUCACAAGCAAAAGAUGAAGGUUCCAAAUGGCCAUAUAAUUUCAUAAAUUCUAAGGACUUUCCUCUUUCUAAUCAACGAGGCAGUGUUAAGGGUCAAUUGUUUGUUCAAGAUAGAUACUUGAACAAAAAUAAUAUGAAAGCAAAAUUUGCUUACAUAGGAUUAGCUGCACCAGGAAAAGUUGGGUCAUGGCAAUGGGAAAAUAAGGGCUACCAAUUUUGGAAUGAAGCUGAUACGGAGGGAAAUUUUUUUAUAAAAAAUGUUCGACCUGGAAAUUAUAAUUUAUAUGCAUGGAUCCCUGGUGUUAUAGGAGAUUACAUGUACAAUAGAACAAUUAGUGUUGAACCAGGAAGUACAAUAGAUUUAUACAAUAUAGUUUAUAUACCUCCAAGAAACGGUCCAACCUUAUGGGAAAUUGGCAUUCCAGACCGAACUGCCUCAGAAUUCUAUGUGCCCGAUCCAUUGCCUAAUGUCACAAAUCGAUUAUUCACGAAUCAAUCAGAAAACAAAUUCAGGCAAUAUGGCUUAUGGGAUCGAUAUACCGACUUAUAUCCCAAAGAAGAUCUCAUAUACACUAUUGGUGUAAGUGAUUAUCGACGAGAUUGGUUUUUUGCUCAUGUUAAUAGAAAAUUACAACAUGGAAAAUACCAACAUACAACAUGGCAAGUGAAAUUUAAACUUGAAGAAGUGAUAUUGUCUAAAAAUUACACUCUUCAAUUGGCAUUAGCUUCAGCAAGUCUUUCAUCUUUACAGAUUCGAUUCAAUGAGGAUACUAGUUAUCGUCCCUUAUACGCUACACAUUUAUUAGGUAGAGAUAAUUCAAUACCAAGACAUGGAAUCCAUGGCUCGUAUUGGAUUUUUAGCAUUAAUAUCUUGGGCAAUCGGCUUCACCAAGGAGAAAAUACACUUUAUUUGACUCAAGCAAAAAGUGUGGGUCCUUUCGGAGGACUAUUCUAUGAUUAUCUUCGAUUUGAAGCUCCGUCUCAAACUUAA